UCUUCCUUUGUGACUUCACCCAUUGAAGUCACCUGGGAGACAGUGUUGAAUGUUCCAUCCUAGAGUCUUAGAGUCUUAAGAGGCAGGGCCACCAGGCCCGGCCAGCCCAAAGGACUCUUUGUCCACAGUGUAAAUGAGGACUCUGCUGGCCCAUGUCCGGCAGGGAUGUAGAGGGCAGACUCAGAGACACCGGGCGCUCCCAGCACCAUGGAUGACGCUGCCGUCCUGAAGCGACGAGGCUACAUCAUGGGGAUAAAUUUGGGAGAGGGCUCAUACGCAAAAGUCAAAUCCGCUUACUCUGAGCGCCUAAAAUUCAACGUGGCGGUCAAGAUCAUCGACCGCAAGAAAGCCCCCACGGACUUCCUGGAGAAAUUCCUUCCCCGGGAAAUUGAGAUUCUGGCCAUGCUAAACCACCGCUCCAUUGUCAAGACCUACGAGAUCUUUGAGACAUCAGAUGGGAAGGUCUAUAUCGUCAUGGAGCUCGGGGUCCAGGGUGACCUCCUCGAAUUCAUCAAAACGCGGGGAGCCCUGCAAGAGGAUGAUGCUCGCAAGAAAUUCCACCAGCUCUCCUCAGCCAUCAAGUACUGCCAUGAUCUGGACGUUGUCCACCGAGACCUCAAGUGUGAGAACCUUCUGCUCGACAAAGACUUCAACAUCAAACUAUCUGACUUUGGCUUCUCCAAGCGCUGCCUGCGGGAUGACAGUGGCCGCCUAACAUUAAGCAAGACCUUCUGCGGGUCCGCAGCAUAUGCAGCCCCCGAGGUGCUGCAGGGUAUCCCCUACCAGCCCAAGGUGUACGACAUCUGGAGCCUUGGUGUGAUCCUGUACAUCAUGGUCUGUGGUUCUAUGCCCUAUGAUGACUCCAACAUCAAGAAAAUGCUACGCAUCCAGAAGGAGCACCGUGUCAACUUCCCACGCUCCAAGCACCUGACAGGUGAGUGCAAAGACCUCAUCUACCGCAUGCUACAGCCAGAUGUCAACCGCCGACUGCACAUUGAUGAGAUUCUCAGCCACUGCUGGGUGCAGCCUAAGGCACGAGGUUUGUCCUCUGCGGCCAUCAACAAAGAGGGGGAGAGUUCCCGGGGCACUGAACCUUCAUGGACCCCUGAACCUGGCCCUGAGAAGAAAUCCGCCACCAAGGUGGAACCUCGAGAAGAGGCCCGCCCUGAGACAAAACCCGAGGAAGAUGCAGCACAAGUGGCCAAGCAGCCAGAGCCCCUGGGCUUAAGCAGUGAGCAGCUGCCCAGGGAGAAAGAGGAAGUCCCACCCCAACAGCCUCCAGAGACACACACCUAGCAAGGCUCUGUGGGCCCAGGGGGCCAGCAGGGAACAAGGCAGAACUCCUGGCUUGCAGCCUGAGCCAGGAAGAAGUCAAGGGACAACCAGAGAAGGUAGACAGUCCCGGAUGAGCCGCUAUUUUUUCGUGUUUUUCUCUCCCCCUUUGAACUUAUAACUCACAUGGCUAAAGAAGCAAUAAAUCACUAUAUUAGUGCAGAUCC